CAACAACUCCCGCACAGGAUGCUUAAGCGGCUGAGCAAUGUGUCCCGCGCGCUAUCGCCAAAGGGAUUCCAGCCUCAAUCCCCGCAAAAGAUGCCUGCCCAAGCAGGGCCCCUGCCGCUCUCGCCACGAUUGAAGCUGAAUGGCAUUAGUCAAGCUCGCCCUGAGGACAACCAGCAACAGCACCACUUCAUUCCAGUGGUCGGAAGCCAAGCACCUGGUCUGACCGACGAAAUUCUAUCGCUUCUCAGCACUCUGAUCCAUCGCAUGGACGAGAUCAAGCCCAAGAAGCUUCGAUCGAUCCGUCUUGGCGGGGAACUGCGGGGACUCCUUGGCAAGGCGGAAGACGAGCUCGGUGCUCACGCAGACAUGUUCAACACAUACGUCGGCUGCCCUGGCCUCCAUAUUCAGAUGCAAAACUUCCUCGCGAGUCUUCAAGGCCUCGUUCCUAUCGUCGAGUCCAUCCACGCGAAAUCUUUCCUCGUCAAUGGGUUCGUCAAGAAGAGCAUUCAGUUUGCCUUUCAAGAAAUUACGUCGUACUACUCGUCGAUGUUCACCAAGCUGUCCCUGGCUGUGGCCAAGGCGACCGGGUCUGCCGCGGAGGCAGCAGUUCUCGCGGCGCUGAGCAAGCCCGCGGACCCGCCUCCCACUGACGUUGAAGAGCCAGCAAUCGACUACGAUGCCAUGUGCUUGGUGGCCCAUCAGCAUUUCUUUGGCCAUGGCAAGGAAAAGGACUUUGCCAAGGCUUUUCGGUUGUACCUGACGGCGGCGAAACAUUCCCAUCUUGAUGCGAUGGUUUCCGUGGGCUCCAUGCUUCGCAACGGAUGCGGUACGGAAGCAGAUCAAGAGGCGGCGCUGCAGUGGUUCACGCGGGCAGCGGAUGAAGGAUCUCCAGACGGCGCUUCCAACCUUGGCCACGUCCUGAUGGAAAAAGCAGCACUCGUGGCAAACCCGCACAAGCAGCAGCAGCUGUACGCAAUGGCGCUCGUGCGGCUGACUCAAGCGGGAGACCGCGGAGUCGCGGCAGCGCAAUAUGCUGCAGGCACGCUAUACCAUAGCAAAAUCACCCCCUUUGAUUUGGUCAAGGCCAAGGAAUGGUACGUCAAGGCCAGCGCCGCAUCCCACGCUGCCGCCGACCUCGCGCUUGGCCACAUGCUGUUUGAUCAAGAUAAAGGCCUCUCAGCCCAUUACUUCCAAAGAGCUCUGGCUUCACAUCACACGCUGCCGGAAGCAGACGCAGCCACUGCCGCUUACUUCCUCGGUCGAAUUUACUCCUGUGGCGAAGACGUCCCGGCGGACGUCCCUCGAGCAGAGGCCUUCUUUCGGCAGGCAGCCGAAGCAGGGCAUGUCCAAGCCACGUUGGAAAUGGCGCAACGAAAGCUGGAAACCCCAGACGAAGCGCUGCGAUAUCUUGUGCUCAGCACGUCCACUCGUUCAGCCGAUCAACUCGCCGAAGCAUCGUUCCUGAAGGGCCAAGUAUUUGAAAGCACCGCGUUUCGGUGUCUCAGUACAGCUUUGCUCCACUACACGGCCGCUGCGGAACAGGGGCACGUGGAAGCUGCCAAGCGGGCAGCAGCGAUGCUGUAUUCUGGCAUCGUCGACACGAAGAAGGUCCCUCCUAACCGAGCCAAGGCCUUUGAACUGUACUCGGUCGCAGCGUUGAAGAAAGAUCGCGACGCGAUGAAUGCGCUGGGGCUGAUGCACGAAGAAGGCAUGGGAUGCCGGUUGGAUGUGGACCGCGCGGCCAUCGGCAAAGGCGUCGAGAAGAACGAAGCGCAAGCGACUUGGCACUUUGCACAGGCUGCUGCGCUCGGGUACACCGUGGCAAAGAAUCCGUGCAGAUAAGUGUCCACCACGAUGAAAUGAAAGAUGUAACCAUACAAAAAUGAAAUGAAUGACGUGGCAC